CUCACUCCUGCGAGGGCAGGAACCCCCUCCUGACCCUGAACUUCUGUUUGGACUACCUGCUUCCUUGCCUUUCCCUCCCGCCCGCUGAGACACACCCUUCUCGACCACCUGAGUCCGCCUGGAGCGGAGCACGGGCUCAACACACCUUUCUUGGAAAACCAAAGAUGAAAGCAAAUUUCGGGAAAUAAAACUUUUCAAUAAUAUAUCAAACGCCUUGGGAGACCCACACAUGGUGUUCAGGUUUUCCCGAUUACAGCAAUACUUUCCACCACUCCUCCAACUUGGAAUCACCACCCAGUUAAGAGUAAUUGGUUUGCUCUUUUUUUUUCUUCUUUCUUUCUUUCAAAGAGUAAAUCUGAUCUUUUUAACUCGAAACUAAUGAUAGAGACAUUAGGGCUAAUUAACAACAGUUUUACAAGAAUGGCCUUUUCCAUUCUCUCUUUGUUUGGCCGCUUCACCGCCUCUCACCUCCACCCCCGAGUGUUUAAGCAUUGUAAUGCGCACGGGCCUCCGCCUCCCCGCCCACCAGAGGGCUGUCCCCGCCACCCAGGGGCUUGUGGCUGAGGAAGGAGAAUCUCCCUGAAGGUUUUAUUCAAAGCGUUUAUUAGGACCGACCUGAGGAACCCCCCAGUUUCUUCCGACAUCCUGGCUCCUGCUUCUGAGACCUUCUGGGGAGACCAUAUUUCUCAUCUGGGAUAUUUUUCUCUUUAAAUGCCCAUUUUCACUUCAAGAAAUCAACGUUUUCCUUUGGGUGUUUUGGCAAUGACUGCGAAUUAAAGCCAGCCUAAUAUCUUUUUCUUUCUAAAUUGUUAGGAGCCAUGGACCAAAGAAAGAUGGAGCGCUUUUCUUCCAGUAUGAUUUUGAUCCUGGCCUUUUCCAGAGCAUUUGAACUGGGAUUAGUCACUGGAUUGGGCCACUGUGAACUUGCCCGUCCGUCACAGGGAGACCUGGCCUUCAGAGACGACGGCUUUCAGUCCCGGGAGGAGCCUGCAAUUCGUCAUCGGCCUUCCCAGUUUGUACCAUCUACGGGAAUCCAGAACAGUAAGGAGCUAAACAGAACCUGCUGUCUGAAUGGGGGAACCUGCAUGCUGGGGUCCUUUUGUGCCUGCCCCCCCUCUUUCUAUGGACGGAACUGUGAGCAUGACAUGCGCAAACAGAACUGUGGGUCUGUGCCCCAUGACACCUGGCUGCCCAGAAAGUGUUCCAUGUGUAAAUGCUGGCACGGCCAGCUCCGCUGCUUUCCUCAGCCGUUCCUACCUGGUUGUGAUGGCCAUGUGAUGGAUGAGCACCGCACAGCUUCCGGGACUCCAGAAUUAACACUGUCUGCAUGUGCUCUUAUGCUACCUGGCAUCUGCUUUGCUAUACAAAGUUAUUAUUAACCCACAUUUGUGUGCAGCAUUUGCCAUGCAGGUUUCAUGACCUUUAAAGGCUGUCUCUCCAAUGUCCCAACUGAGAGAUGAUCAUUUGUUAGUAGCCUUGAAAUGGUGAAUAGAUUUCCCUAUGGUCCCUAACAUUUCCUUAAAGUACCAACUACUUUCCUCUUCCCUGCCCUCUCCAAAAAACUACUUUAAAAAAAAAUAUGCCAUAUCUUGUUCCUAAGUCCUGUGUUUCUUGAUACAUGUAACUCUACCAAGGGCUUAUUAAUAGUUUCUUUUAAACAAUUGAAUUCUAUCUUCAGAUUAUUAAAGGUUACUCCCAAUGUGGAACUGAGCAUAAAGUAUUGAAUAGAGUUGUGAUCAGAGUCAAUUAAGAUAGUAUCUUAAGGGCUUCCCUGGUGGCGCAGUGGUUAAGAAUCCGCCUGCCAAUGCAGGCAACACAGGUUCAAGCCCUGGUCCUGGAAGAUCCCACGUGACGCAGAGCAACUAAGCCUGUGCACCACAACUACUGAGCCCAGGUGCCACAAGUACUGAAGCCCACGCGCCUAGCGCCCGGGCUCCACAACAAGAGAAGCCACCACAAUGAGAGGCCCAUGCACCACAACAAAGACCAAAUGCAGCCAAAAAUAAACAAAAUAAAAUAAAUUAAUUUUAAAAAGAUAGUAGCUUGUAAAUGAAAGGAAACGUUUGUAAGGGGAGCACAGGAGAAGGGAGGGCACAGACAUCAGAGGAGAGAGACAGGAUGCUGGAGUAAUGGAAAUGUGUGUGUAUCCCUGGGAGACUAGGUAGAAAAGUGGGAGCAAAUGAGAGAUUUGAGAACAUAAAAUGCAUUACUUGAUUGAUCAGAUGGUACAGAGAAGCAGAUUAAAAAGCUAAGUUGAAGGGCAAGUUUCUAUCAUCAGUAGGAAACUGUAUAAGACAAGGACACCUGUUUUCUCAAGGAUUUGGAAAGAGAAUAAAGUUUCCUUGAAAAAAAAUUAUAUCUAAAUUCCCUCAAUGUAUUAAGAGUGCUUAAUACAUUAUGAUGUCUCCAUACUAAGCAAUUAUUUUAACAGUGGUAAAAGAGAAAAUGUUCACAAUAUAUUUAGUUGUAAGCCAGGUGAUAAAACUAUACAUUGUAAAGUCCAUUUUGAAAAUAUGUAUCUGGUGUAUCUGGUCUGCCCAGUAAAAGUGUGAAGUACGUUGACCAAUGUGUGAACUGUGGUUAUUUCUAGGUGGUGGGAUUUUUUCCUUUGCCCUUCUCUGUUUUCCACGGUGAGGGCAUAUUUUUGUUUUCAUAUGGAACGAGAUGACUACAACAGGCUUAAAACUGAGGAAACUGGAAGCGCCAAGAGCUCAGAGUGGUGCCCAGUUUUGUUUCUGGCUUUAGUGUGUGUGUUCUGCUGUGAGGGACAAGAUUUGCUUCCAUUAUUUAUGUACUGCUGGAUCCACAAUUCGUGUUUUUCCAAAUUAAUGCCCUGCAGAUGGAAAAUUCCAAACGAGUGGAAUUUUUUUUUUCAAUGUCCAAUGACAGAAGGUGAAAACGGGAUAGGCAGGGAAGCAGUGAGGGAUACAGAGCGUGAGGGUGGGCCGCCCAGUGGGGAGGGCUGUUCUGUCCACUUACUGGCAGUGGGGCCCAGUUUCCCAGUUUGAACCGGGUUAGUCCCUACACCACAGUGUUGUUAGAAUGAAGUGAACAAAAUAAAACACUAGCACAAAAAGUUUCUCAACAAAUGUCACAUUUCUUCUCUUUCUACCUUCCUAUUUACCACAAAGUAGUGUAAAACAUUUUUUAGCCCAGAAAUGGAAAAAUUUUUUUAAACAAAAAAAACUUCAGAGUAUUGAAAGAAGGCUUCUCGUUUGUAUGCAACUACUGUAAUUCCUAACCACACUGUGGGCAAGGCUGGACCGUGUUUUCCAAAGUUAGGCAUUCACACUCUACCUUAUACGGGCCACAUCACCUGUGCUUAAUUGUUUUCUUUACAUCAACUCAUUUGUGUAUUGCAGUAAAACAUACAUAACAUAAAACUUAUCGUUUCAACCAUUUUUAAGUAUAAAGUUCAGUGGCAUUACGUACAUUCACAUUGUUGGGCAACCAUUUCCACAACUUUUUCAUCUUUUCGAACUGAAACUUAUUAAACACUAACUCCCCAUUCCUCCUCCCCACAACCCCUGGCAACCACUAGUCUACUUUCUGGGUCCAUGAAUUUAUUCUAGACACUCACAUAAGUAGAGUCAUGUAUAUCCUUUUGCGACUGGUAUAUUUCACUUAGCAUACUGUCUUCAGAUUCAUCCAUGUUGUAGCAUGUGUCAGAACUUCAUUCCUUUUAAAGGCUAAAUAAUAUUCCAUUGUAUGUAUAUGCCACAUUUUGUUAUCCUCCAUUAAUGGCAUUUGGGUUGUUUCCACCUUUUGGCUAUUGUAAAUAAUGCGCUAUGAACAUUGGUGUAUAAAUAUCUCUUCCAGUCAUUGCUUUCAGUUCUUUGAUCUAUAUACUCAGAAGUGGAAUUGUUGGAUCAAAUGGUAAUUCUAUGUUCUAAUUUUGUGAAGAACCACCAUACUGUUUCUCAUAACAGCUGCAACAUUUUGCAUUCCCACCAGCAGUGCCCAAGGGUUCCAAUUUCCCCACACAUCCUCACCAACACUCACUGCUUUCUGGGCUUUGCUUUUAUUCUUUCAAAACAGCUAUCAUAGUGGGUGUAGAGUAGUAUCUUACAUGGUUUUGAUGUGCAUUUCCCUAAUGACUGGUGAUGUUGAACAUCUAUCCACUUAAGUGCUUUUUACUUGUCCCAAACAAUAGCAUUUGUGAAGCCCUGGAUAAUUUAUACCAGUCUUGAAAUUUAAAAAAAAAUAAUGAAUAAUAAUAACGUUCACCUGUAUGCCAUCUAAAAUCAUGAACCAGAGGUACAUUUUGGGAAAUGGUGUGCAAGGGGAUGCAAAAGACUCUAGAUUCUACCCUCAAAAGCCUUACAGACUUCUCAAAGCAAAGUGUCCACAUGGGAACCAAUAAAGACACACCUGGGUCCACGCCGACUGGAAAGCAUUUUGGCCUUUGACCCUGUUACUCCAUGUGCGUGGACUUGCCCUGGGUCACUCAAAUCACUGUUGCUGACCUAGAGGCCUGACAUCAGAGAAGGGUUUAUUGCACAAGGACUCAACCUUAACCUUGGAAUACGACCACCUUUAAAAUACCAUCUUUAGAAAGAAUUUUUAAUGACAUGAAAUGUAUAAAACACAAUGUCAGGUGAGAAAGGCAGGGCACAGUGUGGCCUUAACCAGAAUUCUUAAAAGGUCGGAAACAUGGAAAUACUGAAGUGGUCAUUUCCAAGUAGGGGGAUUAUGAGUAACUUUUUUUUUUUUUUUUUUUUUGUGGUAUGCGGGCCUUCCCCUGUUGUGGCCUCUCCCGUUGCGGAGCACAGGCUCCGGACGCGCAGGCUCAGCGGCCAUGGCUCACGGGCCCAGCCGCUCCACGGCACGUGGGAUCCUCCCAUACUGGGCGCGAACCCGGUUCCCCUGCAUCGGCAGGCGGACGCGCAACCACUGCGCCACCAGGGAAGCCCUAUGAGUAACUUUUUAUCCUAUUUUCUAAGCUAUCUACAAUUGCAUAUAAUUGAUUUUAUAACUGGGAAAUUAAGGUUUUGUAAAGACUAAAGGCAAGCUUUCUUUAUGAUGUUUGUAUUUGUGAGGUUACAAAUAAUCCUAGUGAGGUCCACGGAGGUGUUCAUAUGGGAGAGUGAGGCAGUUAGCCAGGGACAACUAUGAAAUUACAAGGAAAGAAAAUCAACUUCAAGAUGAACAGCUAGAUGGAGAAGAGUUGUCUCUUUUUCAGUGAAAAUGAUGACAGAAUUAUGCUAUGAUGAUGUCAAUAAAUAAAAGGAAACAGUGUAGGGGAAAAUGGUUGCUCUGGGAUGAGUCUUAGGUCAGGUUCCCAGGAAGCUGAGCUGUUGGUGUGCAGGAGGGGAUUCCUGGGGGGAGCUCCCGGGAGUAACACUUGAAGGGAGCUGCCUCAGGGAAGGAGAAGUUAAUUGCGAUGUUGCAGUGCAGGAGUGAUGCUACGUGUAACGGAGGCCUCGGCUGAUGCCAUGGGAGCUCCAGGGCUGGUUGACCCUUCAGAGCCAUUCCCAGUUGAAGCAAGGGGCUGGGCCUUUGGACUCCUGAGUCAACAAGUCAGUAUGGCGGUUCCUCAAAAAACUAAAAAUAGAGUUGCCAUAUGAUCCAGCAAUCCCACUCCUGGGCAUAUAUCCUGAGUAAUCCAUACUUCAAAAAUACACACGCACCUCUAUGUUCACAGCAGCACUAUUUACAAUAGCCAAGACAUGGAAACAACCUAAAUGUCCAUCGACAGAUGAAUGGAUAAAGAAGAUGUGGUACAUAUAAACAACGGAAUACUACUCAUAAAAAAGAACGGAACAAUGCCAUUUGCAGCAACAUGGAUGGACCUAGAGAUGAUCAUAUUAAGUGAAGUAAGUCAGAAAGAGAAAGACAAAAACCAUAUGAUAUCUCUUAUAUAUGGAAUUUAAAAUAUGAUACGAACUUAUCUACAAAACAGAAACCGGCUCACAGAUAUAGAGAAUAGACUUGUGGUUGCCAAAGGGGCAGGGUGGGGGAGGGAAGUAUUGGGAGUUUGGGAUUAGCAGAUGCAAACUAUUAUACACAGAAUGGAUAAACAACAAGGUCCUACUGUAUAGCACAGGGAACUAUAUUCAAUAUCCUAUAAUAAUCCAUGAUGGAAAAGAAAAAAAAAAUGUAACACCCACCUUGGCAGAGAUAGAGCUGUGCCUGUAUAAUACAAGUAUCUUGCAUGGGGUGGGGGGGUGAACACAAUCUGUGCCUCCACCCCUCCUCCCCCUCCCACUUUUCCUAUCUCCCCACCCCCACUUCAACUACUGUGGGGGAAGGACCACUCUGUGAGCUGAAUCCCCUCACAGGUCUCUCA